AUGUUUAUUCCAGGCUCAACGGAAGAACACUUACAGUUGAAACAGUCAAAAGCAGAAAAAGAAAAUGUUUCUAACCAAAGCUAUAAUAUUCUCGACGAUUUCAAUUUGGCACUAUUUGAUUCAGGCAAAUACUCAACGGAAGAAGACUUGCAGUCAAGAUAUAGUUCGUCAAGCGUAGAAAAAGAAAAUGUUUCUAGCCAAAACUAUAAUAUUCUCGACGACUUCAAUUUGGCACUAUUUGAUUCAGGUACGGGCACAUAUGGAAAUACUAAUGAAGUAUCAUUGUGA